CGUGCGUGCAUAUUGCUUCAGCCAGCCUGUUGACUGUGACACCAACAUGGAGCACCUCCACCACGCUGCUGACGCUGAUGAUGUUGUGAUGCAUGUUGGGGUGGACCGGCCCGUGCCGUGGCCAGAUGACGAUGGCGCUGGUGCUGAUCAUGCUGGUGCUGGUGUGAGGUGGGCAGAUGAGGGCCAUGGACCGCCCUCGCCCGAUGCCGCGGCGAGGGAAGUGACAGUCCGUUCUCCAAGGACAUCCAAGGCGUCCUCCUCAGCAAGGAGCGCCGUGCCCGUGCACCAUCACAGCAGGCUGCCGGAUUAUGGCGACGACACAGACGAUGACGAUCAUGAUGAGGCAGCCAACCGGCCUUUGCUGCAGCGAGGGUCUCCGUUCAACGCUUCUUCGGCCCGCAGCAAACGCCGCCCCCCACCUUCACCACUCUCCAUCUCCACGGGCUCUUCACAACAAGAAUCGACGUGUUUGGACAAGGUGUGGAGGUUGACGCACAAGUGGAGGGUGGAGCUGAUCAUCUGGAUGCUGCUUCUCAUGGCCAUUGCUAUCGUCGUUGCAGCGGUGGUCGUUAAGUCCAACAAGGAGAUCACCGCACAGGAUCGCGCAUGUCGCGUGUACUGCACAGGGCCCAUAUUGGCCGCCGUCGCACGCUUCUCCCCCUACGCUGACUCCAAGACCUUCGUGGACAUGCCUAUGAAGCAAGACCCUUUGGACGUCUUGAAAGCAUUCAAACAGAUCGAACCAGGAUUGACGCGGAAUGCGCUGGAGUCGUUUCUGGACACAUACUUCUUGCCUGCAGGCAGCGACCAGAGCUCGUGGACCCCGCCCGAUUUUCCCGCCAAAGUGCCGUUUGCGCAUCGCAUUGCCAACACCACCCUGCGAGAAUGGAUCCAGCACGUGCACGAGAUCUGGCCCCUGCUUGGCCGCAAGACCAACGCAAGCGUGUCUGCGUCGCCUUCGCAGCACAGCCUGCUUGAGCUGCCCAAUCCGUACAUUGUGCCCGGUGGCCGGUUUAGGGAGAUGUACUACUGGGACAUGUUCUGGGUUGUGCGCGGACUGAUUCGCAGCGGCAUGGUUGCAACCGCCAUCGACAUCACGCGCAACUACUUCAGCCUCAUUGACAGGUUUGGGUUUGUUCCCAACGGGGCGCGCGUGUAUUAUCUCACUCGCAGCCAGCCGCCCGUCCUCAACGAAAUUGUCAUGUCAAUCUACAACGCAACUGGCAACAGCACGUUUCUGCUGGAGGCCUACCCAUAUCUCAGCAAGGAGUACAAGUACUGGAAUUCAACAACCACGCACAAGAGAGUCAACAUCGGUCUUGGGCUGACGGCGGCGCCACUCACGCGAUACUACGCCGAUACGCAAUCCCCGCGGCCCGAGUCGUACAGGGAGGACGAAAACACAGCAAACGUCGCAGGGUUUGAUGAGCAGCAGCGGCAGAUCUUCUUCCGCAACAUUGCGUCGGGCGCCGAGACAGGGUGGGAUUUCAGUUCGCGGUGGCUGAAGGACGCGUCAGACCUGAGCACCAUCCGCACCACCAACAUCGUCCCCGUCGACCUCAACUGCUUCAUGCUCCGCUUCGAACGCCACCUCGCCUCCAUCGCCACACUCGCCGGCGACCGUGGCAAGGCGUCGACGCUAUCGCGCUCUGCGGAUGCGCGGGCGCGGGCGAUGCUGGACCUCAUGUACAACGAGACCACCGGCCGCUUCCACGACAUCCUCCUCCCAAACGGCGACCAGAUCCAGGGCCGCGUCACGCCUGCCGCGUAUUUGCCGCUGUGGGCCGGCGUCUCUCCGAGCCAGGAGCUACACAUGCGUCUGGUGGAGUCCCUGACGCAAUCACGUUUGCUGAAGCACGCGGCGGUGGACACCACCCUCUCCACGACGGGACAGCAGUGGGACAGCCCGAACGCGUGGGCGCCGCUGCAGUGGCUGCUGGUGCGAUCGCUCGAAUCCGUACACACGAGCGACGCAACCAAGCUCGCCACGUCCAUCAAGUGCAAGUGGCUCAAGACUGCCAUGAUUGCGUAUCAUAACUCAGGGCACAUGUAUGAGAAGUACGACGCUGUUGUUGUGGGCAAAGGGGGCGGAGGUGGCGAGUACAAGCCACAACUGGGCUUCGGAUGGACGAAUGGUGUCGUGUUGGACUUUGCUGCAGAGUUGGCAGCAACGUUUGACACGGCCUGUGCACACGUGGCGUAGCCGUGGUGGCUCCUCUCCUCACCCAUCACCUUUUGCAAAGUGCCUCCUUGUUUGUUGCAUCACCACCUCUCUCUCUCUCUCACUUGUCUGAUUGUUUCCCGUGUUAAUUGAACCAAACCUGUUGCACAGCAUGGCGUGUUUUGUAGUCAAGCGCAGUAAACGGUGGAAGAAGAA